AUGGCCGCUACAGCCGGCGUAGCUGGCGGCAUGGCCGGCAGCAUGGCUCCGUACAGUGCGCCGAGUCGCAUGCUCGACGCGGGCGCGCGGGGGCUGGGCGCAUUCGGCCUGGCGGAAGAGCCAAGCCACCUCUGUGUGGGGGGGGACAGAGUCGCGCUGUUGCGCCAUUCUGCCGUGGGCGCGGGGGCGGUUGGGGCGGCGGGGAACAACACGGUGGAGCUGGGCGCGUUCGGGCUGUCGGAGGAGCUGAGCCAACUGCGGCGCGACCGCGGGGUGCUGAUGCGCGAGCUGCUGCACUCGCGGCAGCAGGCGGCGGCGAGCGCGGAGAAGCUCGCGCUGCUGGAAGCGAACAUGGCGGCGCAGGAGCAGCGCCAGGCGCACAUGACGGCGUUUCUCGCGGGGAUCGCGCAGCUGCAGGGGCAGCACGCGCUGCUCCGCGCCAGCCGCGACAGCAGCAGCAGCGGAAGCGGGAGCGCGGGGAACGGGGGACUCGGCGGACUCGGCGGAAUCGGCGGAAUCGGGGGAAUCGGCGGGAGUAACGGGAUCGGGGGAAGCGGGGGAAACGGGUGA